UAUACAUAAUGAUAAAUGGCGUCGCGAUAUCAAAUUUUACAAUUCGCAAUGCUAGACAAGGCAGAGCCUGAUAGUGUGAAAGAUUCAAAUGGAGCAUGGUGCAUUGUUUCCUCGUAUUGUGUCCUCCGCUAACAGUUUGCUUGCACGCAUUUCUUUCUUCGCUUACACACCGUCGUAGUCUACUUUAUUGGUAUUUCUGACCGAAGCAUCCGGACAUUCGGACAUUCGAGGUGGCAUGGAGGGCGGAAAAGAGGAGGGGGCGGCCCCUGCGGACGACCAGGACAACACGUCCCAGGACGAGGUAAAGGCCCCGGACUCCCCGGACAACGAGAUCAGCCUGCAGAUGCUGGAGGAGUCUGUGACCCAGACGCCCGGCACCAGCUUCACAGCACGCGAGGCUGCCGGCUCCGACAGCCAGCCGGCGGUCGCCAAGACGCGGGAGCAGCUGGAGGAAGAAGAGCGCGAGAAGAUGCAGGUCCUCGUCUCCAACUUCUCGGAAGCGCAGCUCAACAGGUAUGAGAUGUACCGUCGGUCGGCGUUCCCCAAGGCGGCGGUGAAGCGACUGGUGCAGUCCAUCACAGGCUGCUCGGUGUCCCAGAACGUGGUGAUUGCGGUGUCGGGCAUUGCGAAGGUGUUUGUGGGCGAGGUGGUGGAGGAGGCGCUGGACGUGCUUGAGCGGCAGGGCGAGGCAGGACCACUGCAGCCCCGGCACCUGCGCGAGGCCGUCAGGCGCCUCCGCAAGGGCGGCUUCAUCCCUAACAAGAGGGCCACCCGCUGCCUCAGGUGACAGUUGCAGUUGAACUCUGCUGGAACAUUUCACUUCUUUGGAAUGGCAUGGGGACUCCAUGGUUUCACCAGAUGACAAGCCUCGUUGAUUCACGAAGCACUUCACUGCAAUUUGUGCUGUCUAAACUACUGCAGAAUUAACCAAAAAAUGGCUGUCACAAAAAACCUGUGUUUCUUACAAGCAAUAACUGAAUAAAGUGAUGGGGGAGGACAAGAAUAA